UCAUGCCACUUUUCCAUGGCAUGGCUCGAAAAGAUAAGGCUGCCUAUAAAAGGGCCUUUCGGUGUUGUCCAGCUGUCCGUGGAACCUGACGGAUCUGCCAUGAUGCUGCUGGUCUGGUCGCUGGCACUGCUGCUGGGAGCAGUAGCAGGAAAAGAAGUCUGCUAUGACAGACUUGGCUGCUUCACUGAUGAUUCUCCAUGGGGAGGGACCUUGAUAAGACCCCUGAAAAUGUUGCCCUGGGCUCCGGGAAUUGUCAACACCCGCUUCCUCCUCUACACAAACGAGAAUCCAAACAGCUAUCAACAAAUCACUGCAGAUUCAUCAAGCAUCAGAAGUUCCAAUUUCAAAACAAAUAGAAAAACCCGCUUCAUCAUUCAUGGAUUCACAGACAAGGGAGAAGAAAACUGGCUGGCCAACAUGUGCAAGAACAUGAUCCAAGUAGAAAGUGUGAACUGCAUCUGUGUGGACUGGAAAGGCGGCUCCCGGACCGGAUACACCCAGGCCACCCAGAACAUCCGGGUUGUGGGAGCAGAAGUGGCCUACUUCAUCAAUACCCUUCAGUCUCAGUUUGGAUAUUCCCUUUCCAAUGUCCACGUUAUUGGCCAUAGUCUGGGUUCCCAUGCUGCUGGGGAGGCUGGAAGGAGGACCAAUGGAGCAAUUGCACGAAUCACAGGGUUGGAUCCAGCAGAACCUUAUUUUCAGGAUACACCUGAAUUAGUUCGAUUGGACCCCAGUGAUGCCCAGUUUGUAGAUGUAAUUCACACAGAUUCUGCCCCCAUGGUUCCCAACAUGGGAUUAGGAAUGAGCCAAACAGUGGGUCACCUCGAUUUCUUUCCAAAUGGAGGAAAAGAAAUGCCCGGAUGUCAGAAGAACAUUAUCUCUCAGAUUGUUGACAUAGAUGGGAUCUGGGAAGGAAGUCGUGACUUUGUGGCCUGUAAUCACUUAAGAAGCUACAAGUACUAUGCUGAUAGUAUUGUCAACCCCACCGGCUUUGCUGGGUUUUCUUGUGCCUCUUACAGUGAUUUCACUGCAAACAAGUGCUUCCCCUGUCCAAGUGGAGGAUGUCCACAGAUGGGUCACUUUGCUGAUAGAUUUGCUGGGAAAACAAGUGGAGUGGGCCAGAAAUUUUAUCUGAACACUGGGGAUGCCAGUACUUUUGCACGUUGGCGGUACCAGAUAGCUGUCACACUUUCUGGAAAGAAAGUUACAGGACAUGUCUUAGUUUCCUUGUAUGGAAGUGGAGGAAACUCUAAGCAGUAUGAAGUUUACAAGGGCUACCUCCAACCAGGAAAGACUCAUACUAGUGAGUUUGAUUCCGAUGUGGAUGUUGGAGAUGUGCAGAAGGUCAAAUUUAUUUGGUAUAACAAUGUGAUCAACCCAACACUACCCAAAGUAGGAGCAUCUAGCAUCAGAGUGGAAAGAAACGAUGGAAGAGUGUUCAACUUCUGCAGUUCUGACACUGUGAGGGAGGACGUUCUGCUCACCCUCACCCCGUGUUAGGAGGAGGUUGACAUGUGUCAUUGAACCUUACUGCUAAUAAAAUCUAGUGGUGAAGCAAUA